CACAGCGGUUUGGUUAUAACAUCAUCGUCGGAGCAGGUCUCGGCGCAGAAGCUACUUUAUUUUAGACUAAUAUAUAUAUUAAUUAAUAGAGAUCACAAUUACGGUCAUGAUUUUAUAUUCGUUGCUUACCCGCAAUUAUCUUUACGAUAUGACGAAUAUACCGCUGUGAAAAUGUUCUAAUGCAAUUUUGGGCACAGGAGCAAUCCAAACAAUUAUAUUAUAAAUUUACUCUGUGGGUCAUCAAUGACUAAAGAUAAAAAGUUGGCCCUGCAUACUGUGCACUGUGUAUGUUGCUGUACUGUCUAUCCAAACUGCACCGUACUUUUUUAUUCUUUUUGCCAAGUAUAUCACACUUAAAGUAGUAACAUAAAAAAAAUAUAUGGCUGCCUAUAUCAAUCGUACAAUGUCUAUGAUUGGAGGAGACAGCCAACACCGAACAUCAGAUGCUAGAACUGAUAAUUCUCCUCUGCAGAUCUUUGUUAAGGCAAAAAAGAAAAUAAACGAUAUAUUUGGGGAAAUAGAAGAUUAUGUGGAAGACACCGUGGGAUUUAUGACAUCAUUACAAAAUGAUCAUAAUAUUGUAUCUGCUGAAGAAGCAGUGAAAGUCAAAGGUUAUAUUGACAAAGUACGUGCAAUAAAAGAUGUUCUCAGAAGGGAUCAUAUGAAAGUGGCUUUUUUUGGCAGAACAAGUAAUGGGAAAAGUACUGUGAUCAAUGCUAUGCUACAUGACAAAAUUUUACCCAGUGGCAUAGGGCACACUACAAAUUGUUUUCUACAAGUCGAAGGCUCAGACAAUGGAGAGUCGUAUCUCAUCACGGAAGGAUCCACCGAGAAACAACCGGUGCAAUCUGUCGGACAAUUAGGUCAUGCACUUUGCAAAGAAAAAUUAUGUGAAAGUCAUCUAGUAAGAAUAUUCUGGCCAAAGGAGAAGUGUUUAUUACUGCGGGACGAUGUAGUAUUCGUUGAUAGUCCAGGAGUGGAUGUAACUCCAAAUCUCGACGAAUGGAUCGAUAAGCAUUGUUUGGAUGCAGAUGUUUUUGUUUUAGUAGCAAAUGCAGAAUCUACUUUGAUGGUUACAGAAAAGAACUUUUUUCAUAAAGUUUCCACGAGAUUAUCGAAACCGAAUAUAUUUAUUCUUCAUAAUCGAUGGGAUGCUUCUGUUUUAGAAGCGGAAUAUUUCGAUCAGCUGGUCAAAGAACAAAAGGAGGUAAGAGCACAACAUCAAGAACGUGCUAUCGACUUUUUAUCGAAGGAGCUGAAAGUAUACAGUCCAAAAGAUGCCGAAGAACGUGUUUUCUUUAUUUCCGCAAAGGAAACUCUUCAGGCUCGUAUGCAAGAACAACGCGGACAACCUGCUCACAAUGGUGCGCUCGAGGGCUUUCAAAAUCGGUACUUUGAAUUUCAAGAUUUUGAGAGAAAGUUUGAAGAGUGCAUCUCGAAGUCGGCCGUAAAGACCAAGUUUGAACAGCACUCGCAACGUGGUAAACAUAUCGCUACUGAAAUACGUCAAGCGUUAGACGAGAUACUGGAGCGAACACAAAAGAUGCGAAAUGAGCAAUUGAACGUCAAGAAAGAGGUAAACGACAAACUGAACUUCACGGAACAACAGUUGAUGCUGUUGACUCAGGAGAUGAAGGAUAAAAUACAUCGCAUGGUGGAAGAUGUGGAGCAGAAAGUGUCGAAGGCCUUGAACGAAGAAAUUCGACGAUUAGCUGUUCUAGUGGACGAAUUCAGCGUUCCGUUUCAUCCGGAGCCGCUGGUUCUGAACGUUUACAAGCGGGAACUUCACACGCACGUGGAAAACGGUUUAGGGUCGAAUUUACGAGCUAGGCUCAGCACCGCUUUGGCGCUGAAUAUGGAGACUUCACAGCGGGAAAUGACCGACAGGAUGUCGGGCUUGCUGCCCGAGAACAAAAAACAAAUGUCGCUCAACAUCCUGCCGCGACGAGAGCCGUUCGAGAUACUAUAUCGAUUGAAUUGCGACAAUUUGUGCGCGGACUUUCACGAGGACUUAGAGUUUCGUUUCUCUUGGGGAUUCACGGCGAUAAUUAAUAGAUUUGUGGGGAGGCAGAGUCACAAAUUGGCGAUCACCAAUUAUCCUCAAGAGAUUCCACCGAUUAUUGCGUCACCUGCGGAUAGCAUAGAUUCUGUGAAAUUGAUAUCAAACGCAGCAAACUUUGCACCGAGACCCGAAGAUUGGUCCUUUGCUAGUAAGAUAGCUGUUGCAUCUGUAACGUCGCAGGGUACAGGUGGCCUUAUUGUUGCUGGUUUUCUGUUAAAAACGAUAGGUUGGAGAUUGAUAGUGAUAACUUGUGCAAUGUACGGUACUUUGUAUCUCUAUGAACGUCUAACGUGGACUAACAAAGCGAAGGAACGCGAAUUCAAGCGACAAUACGUUGAUCACGCUACGAAAAAGUUGCGAUUGAUCGUGGAUCUUACCUCUGCCAACUGCAGUCAUCAAGUGCAACAAGAACUGUCCAGCACAUUCGCGCGACUCUGUCAUCUGGUGGACGAAGCAACGUCCGAGAUGGACAGCGAACUUAAAUCAAUAGCGAACACUCUGCGGAUAUUGGAAGAAGCGGCGACCAGAGCUAAGGUUCUCCGAAAUAAGGCCAACUAUCUCAUAAACGAACUUGAAUUGUUCGACGCGGCUUAUCUGAAAUCUUUAAAUUAAGCUGAAUUAUGUUCCUCGCAUGAACUUGCGAAUACAUAGAAAGAUUAGUAAUGUAACAAUAUCUUCGGGAGCAGGAUAUCUGUACGCGAUCAUCGCGAUAAUUGUGUGAAUUGAUCAUUACCAUUUUUGUUUUUUGUAUUAUUCUAAUAGUUACAAUUAACACCCCCCUCUCUAUGCAACGAUUAAAUAAUGUAGGCACUUACGUGCAAAUAGAUACAAAAUGUGUAUUCUCAUCGUAUGUUUAGAGUUUGUCAUAACUAUCUAAUUCUCAUAUUUAUAUACAGGAUAUGAUACACACAGACCAGCACAAUGGUACUUAAUAGUAAUUAGAAUUUUUCAAUUACUCGCAUCGUGUCUACGUACUCGAGCAUUAUGCCUGAUGAUUGUUCAAUAAAACGACAAUACAGUAGCUAUCAUUAAAAAAUCGUGAUAUUUGUAAAACGAAACAUAAAGUCACACGUAUAAAAAAAAUAAUAUUUGAUAUAUCUUUUGUUGUUUCAUCGAAUAAUUAAAUGCAGAAAUAUCUGGAUACGAUAAUGCGAUCGUAAAAAUUCUAGUAAAUCUCUACCUGGUGAAUUAGGGCUAUUAUGAUGGUCUGUGUUACUAAAUAACAAUUGGUCGCGAUUGCUUAGAUAGUACAGUCAUACGAUAUAUUUAAAUGUGCGAUGAUAAUACGGGAUAUAUACGGUCACUUAGUUAAUAUCGAAGAGAGACAUUUUUACCUGAUACGAAAACUCUAGUCUUAGUGCAGGAAACCCGAUUUCUUACGAUAUAUUAUUGACUAAUCGUUAGACUGAAUAUACUUCUUGAAACGUAAAAUUCGGUACAUAUAAUAUUAUGCUAUGAUGAAUUGUUAGACAAUUUAGAUGUAUACCCCCACAAACAUGUUUUUUUGUCGAAACAUUUUGUUGUAUGGCGACUAACUAUAUAGGAUACAAAUUCUGUUGGAUCUAUUUAAUGAAAUUCGAUCAAUCAGAUUAUUCUAGAUCUAUUGCGAAGAUACUACUUAGUUACUGAAAAGAGGAAGCACCAACGCGACUCUGUCGUUUUAUUCUAUUCCCUUGAAGAAUGUAUGUUAAUCAUGUCAUGUAAUUAGAAAUAAAUGGUUAACUGUUGAUUAAUAA